GUGACGGAGUGACUGUCGUACGGUCUACCUUAGGCCGCCGGCGAGUCUCUCCUACCCACUGACCGUUGACCGGUGCCAGGCACUGCUAACUUGCUUAGCCGUUAUGUGAUUAUAGCAUGCCUGCUUAUAUUUUAUUCUCGUUGCAUGGCUUGAUGUGCACAUGGGUACGGGCUGCAUGUUGGGAUUAACAUGAUUUGGUUAUGCUUGGUCACGGGCAUUUUAGCUUGAUUAUGAUGCAUCCAGCACGGGCAUAUGCAUCGUGUGUGGCUUACUAUAUGGGCGGAGCAUGGCCUGAUGCUUGGAUGUAUGGGCGCCUGGUAUCACGUUGAUGCUCACUACGCCAUUGCAUUUUAUGUGCAUUGCAUGGCUACUGAUAGUAUUUAGUUCUCGGACGGGAGUACCGUUCCGAGGGAGCCUAUGGCUCGGUUGUCGGGAGUACCGACGUGGAUACGGGUGACGGGAGUACCGCCCCGGGACAGUGCGCACAGGUUUGUUGAGGAUAUUGUUGCCUUCCAGGGCAGCGGCAGGUUGGUAUGGGACUUGGGUGCCAGGUGUCUUGUGUGGGCCCCAAGGACCGGUAUGUGCUUUCACUAUACUGCACUGUUGUGUUGUAGCGUCUCAUGACUUGUGUGUACUUGUGGGGCUGUGUUUGGGAUGGUCUCUUCUUUUAUUUAUAGCCUUUCAUUUCUUAUAAACUUGCUGAGUCUUGCGACUCACCUUGCUUUCCAUCAUUCCAGGUAAGGGUAAAGCAAAGGCCGAGGGCGAGGAUCGUUCCAUUUAGCAGCCGGCCGCGUUGGUAUCAUGGACGCACGACGUGGGCGAGGUCGUGGUAGACCGUCGGCACGAGGUAGAGGACACCUUGUCCCUACUCCGGAGGUUCAGGCUACAGGUGCGGGAGAGCAGAGACAGCCAGGGCCACCAGAUAUGCAGGAGACAUUAGCGGGUAUUUUACGAGCUGUAGAUGUACUGGCAGCAUCUCAGUUGCGACAGGAGCGCAGACAUGAUGAUAGGACCGCUACGGCCCAGGCGUCGCAUUCAGGUACGUCGGGAACAGGGGACGGUUCAGGUGCUACAGUGCUUAGAGAUUUUAUGGCCCUGCGACCACCAGAGUUUAGUGGAGGCGCUGAUGCGACGGUGGCUGAGGAUUGGUUACUAGCGGUGGAGAAGCAUUUGAGAUCCAUAGACUGUGCAGAGGCCCACAGAGUUCGGCUGGGGACUUUUUUGUUACGAGGUGACGCCGAGCGGUGGUGGGAGACCACCAGACAGAGAUAUGGCGAUGGAGGUCCGUCAUGGGCACAGUUCGUCGAGGCGUUCAAUGAGACCUAUGUACCAGCUUGGAUCAGAGAGCAGAAGGUGUUUGAGUUCAUUGAGUUACAACAGGGCAGUAAGACAGUUACGCACAAGUUUCAGAGGGGGUUACGACCAGAGAUCCGUCAUGCCAUGGCUGGUAUUGAGGCCCCUGACUUCCCUACGGCUGUUCAGCGAGCCCACGCGGUGGAGAGGGAUCGAUUGGAGGCCCGAGCAGAGCAGUUAGUCUUGAAGGGUGCAGGGAGCAGCAGUAAGAAGAGGAAGUGGGAUGCAGGCAGCCAGAGUUCGGGAUUUCCACAGUGCCGGCAGUGCGGGCAGAGACACCAGGGGCAGUGUCGGGAGAGGGGCCACCGAGCGAACAGGUGCACCCAGCCAGCACAGAGUGGAGGGCCACGGACUGGAGGUGUGGGGCCCAGACCAGCUCAGAGACAGUCUGCACCUAGGGCGCAGGGUUCAGGAGCGCCAUUACCUCUUCCAGCAGCACAGCGCCCAGGACCUACAGAGAGAGUUCAGAUGCAGGGACAGGCAUUUGCAGUGUCAGCGACCGAGGCAGCUGAGAGCAGUGAUAUAGUGCAAGUAUUAUUUGUGCGCAAGAAGGACAGGUCUAUGCGACUUUGUAUAGAUUACCGACAGCUUAAUCAGGUAACAAUCAAGAAUAAGUACCCCCUACCCCGUGUGGAUGAUUUACUGGAUCAGUUGCGUGGUGCAUCGAUGUUUUCCAAGAUAGAUUUGCGGUCAGGUUAUCAUCAGGUGCGAGUCAGAGAUGAGGAUAUUGCAAAGACCGCAUUUCGCACGCGUUACGGCCAUUAUGAAUUUGUGGUCAUGCCAUUUGGGCUGACCAAUGCACCUGCAGUGUUCAUGGAUCUGAUGAAUAGGGUAUUCAAGGAAUAUUUGGAUUCUUUUGUCAUAGUUUUCAUUGACGACAUCCUAAUUUACUCACCGAGCCCUGAGACACACGAGGCACAUCUGAGCGUGGUUCUGCAGAAGCUCAGAGAUGAGCAGUUAUAUGCCAAGUUUUCGAAAUGUGAGUUUUGGCAGACCCGAGUGGUAUUCUUGGGACACGUGGUCUCAGGAGAGGGUAUCUCAGUAGACCCAGAGAAGACUAGAGCCGUGAUGGAUUGGCCGAGACCGAUGACAGUGACAGAGAUUCGGAGUUUUCUUGGCCUUGCCGGAUAUUAUCGACGAUUCAUAGAGGGUUUUGCACGGCUUGCAUCUCCCCUGACGAAGCUGACAAGGAAGGGCACCAGAUUUAUUUGGGAUGAGUCUUGCGAGAGAUCAUUCCAGGAGUUGAAGCGGCGGUUGACUUCGGCGCCAUCAGAGGGACAAUGGUUUGCUAUUGUUUCGUGGACGGAUCUGUGUGCCGAGGGACAGUGA